AUGGCCGGGAGGGUGACACUGCUCCUGUGGGCCCAGACCUUCGGCCUCGCUGGAGCCCAGACCACCCAGCUCCUCGUGGAGCCCCCCUGGAGGCCAGCGGUGCUGUGGGACCCGGUGACACUGACGUGCCAGGGCUCGGGGACCACCGGUGCCACCACCUGGUACAAGGACAGACAGCUCUGGUGGCCGGAGGGACCCGACCGCCUCACUGUCACCGAGAAAGGCACCUACACGUGUGACAGACCCGGCAGCGGGCACAGCCCCUCCGUGAGAGUCUCAGAUGACUGGCUGGUGCUGCAGGUGCCGGUGCGGGCGCUGCUGGAGGGGGACACGGUGACACUGCGCUGCCGGGGCUGGCGGAACUACAGGGUCACCGAGGUGUCCUUCUACCGCGAGGGGAAGGAACUGGGGGGGCUCCGCGAUGGCACCGAGCUGUCCCUGUCCCCUCUGCAGCUGAGCCACAGCGGCCGCUACCGCUGCAAGGGCCGGGUGGGAUCCUGGAGGAGGGAAGAGUCAGCGCCGGUGACAGUGACAGUGCACGUGCGGGAGGGGCCCGGGGGUGUCCCCGUGUCCCCAAACGCCACCUUGAGGCCACCCCGCUGUCGCCGUUGUCCCCGCAGGACCCCCGCGGUGCCCCCCGAGGCGGGGGAGGUGCUCUACACCCAGGUGGUGCCCACGGCGAGGGCGGCGGGGUCCCCAGGUGCCACCCCCGAGGUCCCCCAGGUGACCUACGCGGAGCUGCCGGGACCGCGGUGGCACCCGGGGGACGGCGGUGACUACGAGAACGUGCUGUGACACCGCGGUGGCACCAGGGGGUGGCACCGGCUCCCCAAAAAGCCACCCGGGGACAGCGGUGACACCCACGAGGCCGUGCUGUGACACCGGGGGUGGCACUGGGGACAGGCACACGCGUGUGUCCCCUGAUCCUGUGGGUGCCCACCCUGCCCACGGCCACCGGGACCUGUCCCUGUCCCUGUCCCCUCCCUGUCCCUGUCCCUGUCCGUGUCCCUGUCCCUGUCCCCUCCCUGUCCCUGUCCCUGUCCCUGUCCCUGUCCCUGUCCCUGUC